AUGUCUCUUGCCGACGUAUCUUCAAAGAGUGCUAACUCUGGUGUCGUAGCUGAUGCCGUCAAUGGAACAGCUAAAGGUGUCAAGAUACAGAAUGGAAGUAGCUAUGCAGAAAAUGGACACGGCUCUGCAAAAAAUGAGUACAGUUUUCUUCAACCUCUUGUAAACCUUAUGGUCACUAAAGUGCUUGAAGAAUCCACAAAGAGGGAGAGUAGAGUGGUUGAAUUCAAGCAUCCAAAGGAGCUAGAAAACCUGAUGGAUCUGUCACUCAACAAACCUACAUCUGAUGAACACUUGAUGGAGAUAUGCAGUGAUGUCAUUAGAUAUAGUGUUAAGACUGGUCACCCUAGGUUCUUCAAUCAGCUGUUUGGAGGUUUAGAUCAGUACAGUUUGGGUGGAGCGUGGCUGACAGAAACACUCAACACUAGUCAGUAUACAUAUGAAGUGUCACCUGUAUUCACGUUGAUGGAAAAGACUGUGUUGAAGAAAAUGCUUGACCUAGCAGGAUUUCAAGAUGGAGAUGCCAUCUUCUGUCCAGGUGGUUCUGUGUCCAACAUGUAUGCCCUUAACUUGGCCAGAUAUCAGCGAUGGCCUGAAGUGAAACGAGCAGGUAUGCAUGGUUUACCAAGACUGUGCAUUCUGUCAUCAGAAAAGGCCCACUACUCCCUGAAGAAAGGUGCAGCUUUCAUUGGAGUAGGAGUGGACAAUGUAUUUCCUGUCAAGACUGAUGCGGAGGGUCGCAUGAUACCAUCUGCUCUGGAAGAAAGGAUCAUUGAACUGAAGGCAGAGGGCUAUGAACCCUAUGUGGUUAAUGCCACAUCCGGGACGACCGUAUUUGGGGCAUAUGAUCCUCUAGAGGAAAUUGCUGAUGUCUGCCAGAAGUUUGGCAUCUGGAUGCAUGUGGAUGCUGCUUGGGGAGGUGGAGUCCUGCUGUCAAGGAAGUACAGGUCGCUCAUGAAGGGCAUCGGCAGGGCUGACUCUUUGACAUGGAAUCCUCACAAAAUGAUGGGAGCCCCUCUCCAGUGUUCAGCUUUCCUCACCAGACACAAGAAUCUCCUACCCGAGUGCCACUCUGCCCAGGCUACCUACCUGUUUCAACAGGACAAGUUCUAUGAUGUGUCAUAUGAUACUGGUGACAAGUCGAUCCAGUGUGGUCGCAAAGUAGAUGUCCUCAAACUCUGGCUGCAAUGGAAAGCGAAGGGAGACAUUCAAUUCGAGAAGGACAUUGACAACAUCAUGGACUGUGGAAGGUACCUAGCUGAACUUAUUGAUGAGCGUGAUGGCUUUAGACUUUUGAUAAAGAAGCCACAGUGUUCAAACGUGUGUUUCUGGUAUAUACCUCCCAGCAUGCGUGGCCAACCUGAGGACGCAGCGUGGAACCAGAGACUGUCCAAGGUUGCACCUACUAUCAAAGAGCGAAUGACGGUGAAUGGGACUAUGCUUAUCGGCUACCAACCAGAUGGGGAAACAGUCAACUUCUUUAGAAUGAUCGUGUCAAAUCUAGACGUCACAAAAGAAGACAUGGAGUUUGUGAUUGAUGAAAUAGACCGUCUUGGCAGGGAUCUUUGAUUAUAUCCAUUAAAGGGUUGAUCAUUUCAGACA